AUGACUGUCAAUUAUGGUUUGGUUGUCGCAGAUGCGUCUCCAUUGAAUCGUUUUCGGCUUCUCUUCAGAUGGAAAGGCUCAAUUUGGAAAGCGAUCCUCGCAGAGUUUUCUUUAUGGAGUUUAUGUUAUUUAUUGCUUUUUAUCUUGAUCAAUUUUGUGCUCGAUGUAGAUUCGAAGAAUUUCAUGCUAAUGUUGGCUGAAAAGUUGAACGUGGUGACGAAAAUCGACGGGAUGAUUUUCAUGCUCUCGUUUUUCGUUGGAGCCAUUGUGACAAGAUGGACGUUGGCGCUGGCGAAUAUUGGGUUCAUCGACAACCUAGCCCUCACAAUCUCUUAUCAUCUCCAUGGAAAACUCGAGAAAGCACGGAUGAUUCGAAGAAAUCUCAUUCGAUACGCGAUUCAGGCUCAACUUCUUGUGUUCAGAGAUGUGAGCACACAGGUGAAAAAACGUUUCCCGAGCCCGUCGUCGAUGAUAGAAGCAAAUUUCAUCACCGACAAAGAAUUGAAAAUGAUUGACUCGUAUGGAGAUUAUUCUUUGCCAAAAUAUUGGAUGCCAAUUCUCUGGGCACAACACGCAAUUCAUCGAGCAAGAAACGACGGGAUGUUUCUCUCAAACAAUGAUGCCGAUGAGAUCCAUAAAAUGUUCAUUGAGUGGCGGAGUCGAUUGAGUGAAUUGGGCAAUAUGGACUGGGUGCCAUUGCCACUUGUUUAUCCACAAUUGGUUGUACUUGUCGUCAACACUUACUUCAUUAUUUUGCUCUUUGCUAGACAACCGAUCUUUGUCGGUGAUUCGGAAAGAGAUACAAUCGACUUGAUUGCGAUUAUUUUACACACAAGUCUCGAGUUUCUCUUCUACGUUGGAUGGUUGCGAGUGGCUGAGGCAUUGAUCAACCCGAUGGGAGAAGAUGAUGAUGAUUUUGAAAUGAAUUGGUUGCUUGAUAGGAAUUUGAAGACUGGCUUGGCAAUUGUUGACAAAGGCCACGAUCACGUGCCAACACUUGAGAAAGAUCCACAUUGGGAUUACGAGCAGCCAUUGUUGUAUGCAGAGAAUACUAGACCGGUUAACCCGUUACAUGGAUCGGCUCAAGAAAACGAACAUUUAAACGAGGAAAAGAACGAAAAGAAGAUUUCAAAGAUGGUCCCACUUGAAGAACCAUUCGAAAGCAGCUUCUCCUCUCGAAGACCCAGCAAUGCCGCAUUUCAAUCGCUUCCGUUGAAAUCUGGAUUGAGUCGCUUCCGAGAACUUUAUGGAGAAAUUUCUGGAUCAGGACUUUCCGCCUCUCAUCAAAAAUCUCCAACAAUCAGCCAACCUCAUCGCGUUCCAUCACCAUCACACAGUGAGCAAUCGAAAAAGGACUUUUCCUUCUUUGAGGACACAUUUGAUGAAUUAACACCCGAUCAACUAACCGUAUCAACACAAGCGUCCGUUUUUGCUCAUUAUGAUGGAACGAGUCCAGUGAUUUCAAGACCGGGCCGAACCAUGUCCGGGACUUCGAGACUUGAACAUAUAAAUGAAGAAAAG